AUGACUGAGAAUAACACGACAGGGGACCGUCCCCGCAAAUCUUUGAUUCUCAAUGCUUUUGUGGAAAUGUGCAGCGGACACCAAUCACCCGGUCUAUGGCGCCACCCUGAAGAUGAAUCGCACCGGUUCAACGAUAUCGACCACUGGGUUGAGCUGGCGCAACUGCUCGAGGGGGCCAAGUUCCACGGCAUCUUCAUCGCGGAUGUCCUGGCACACUCCCCUGCAGGAGGCUAUGAUGUCUACAAAGGACCGAGAAACCUCGACCCGGCAGUUAUCUCGGGCGCACAGUGGCCAGUUAAUGAGCCACUAGCCGUUGUCCCGGCCAUGGCGGCAGCGACGAAGAAUAUCGGAUUUGGAGUGACUGUUACGACGACAUAUGAGCAGCCAUACCAUCUGGCGAGGCGUUUGUCAACAGUUGACCACCUAUCGAAAGGACGGGUGGGAUGGAACGUCGUCACCGGAUAUCUUGACUCUGCAGCCCGCAACAUGGGCCAAGAAGGACAACCACAUCACGACGACCGAUACGCCGUGGCCGAAGAAUACAUCAAGGUAACCUACAAGCUGUGGGAGUCAUCAUGGCGCCAAGACGCCGUCGUCCUGGACCGCGAGCGCGGGAUCUACACAGACCCAGCCGGAGUGCGCCAGAUCAACCACUCCGGGAAAUACUUCACCGUGCCCGGCCCGCACCUCAGCCAGCCCAGCCCACAGCGCACGCCAGUGAUCCUGCAAGCAGGGACCUCGAAGGCCGGCAAGACAUUUGCCGCGCAGCACGCAGAAGCCAUCUUCGUGGCGGGCCACAGCCCGUCCGUGGUAGCCAAGAAUGUCGCAGAGAUCCGGCAGCUGGCGAAGGCCGAGUUCGGGCGCGACCCGCAGAGCAUCAAGUUCCUGGCGCUGCUGUGUCCCGUGCUGGGGCGUACGGAGGAAGAGGCCGUGGAGAAGUUCAAGUACUUCCGCAGUCUGGGCUCGAUUGAUGGGGCGCUGGCGCUGUUCGGUGGGUGGACGGGGAUUGACCUGGACAAGUUUGACGAUGAUCAAGAGCUACGGCAUGUGGAGAGCAAUGCCAUCCGAUCCGCCGUCGAGGGCUGGUCCAAGGCAACCCCCGAAGUCGCCAAAUGGACCAAGGCAACUGUCGGCCAACACAUCACUGUCGGCGGACUGGGUGCCACAACCGUCGGCACGCCGGUCCAGGUCGCAGAUAACAUGGAGCGUUGGGUGCGGGAAGCCGAUGUGGAUGGGUUCAACCUGGCGUACGCUGUCAAGCCCGGCUCUUUCAAGGAUGUUAUCGACCUCCUGAUUCCCGAGCUGCGUCGACGCGGUCUGUUCUGGGAUGACUACGCUGUGCCCAAGGGCACGUACCGCGAGAAUCUGUACGCGCAACCAGGUCAGUCAGGGCCGCGUGAUGAUCACCCGGCUGCGCAGUAUCGGUGGAAAGCCGGCGUUGAUGCCAAAGAUUCUCCCGUCCCUGAAAGCUAA